AUGGCGCCAAAGCGAGGGAUUCCCUUCGCCAAGAACGGAAGCAAAGGAGUUCGUUUCCCUGUUUUAAGAUUCCUUCUUCUAUGUGUUCUUACGCCUCUUGUUUUCUUCAUCAGUCGGGGUUCUCGUGUUGCAGAUCAAAAUGAUAUUUCAGCUGUUCCAGAUACACAGCAGGUUGCCAAAUGGAGAGAGUGGAAUGCAUUGCAAGACCUUAAAUCACUUUUUUCGAAAGAGGUUUUUGAUGUUAUUGUGUCCAGCACAGAUGACAUGGGGCCAUUGAGUCUUGACAAUUUUAGAAAAAAUAUGUCUGCAUCAUGGAGAGUUGUUGGAUUAGAGACUUCAAAUGAUGCCUAUGAGCUAAAGCAACCAACAACUCAUGGUAGACAAGAAAAACGACAGGUGAAGGAAGGAAGAUCUUCAGAGGGUCUUGCUCAGUGGACUGAUAGCCCUGCUCGGCAAGUCCGAAGGAAAUUAAUCGGAAAAAGGCGGGAAAAGCGUGCCUCUGAGUUGGUAAAGAUGGACAAUGAAGUAAUAGUAAAACUCGAAAAUGCAGCUAUUGAACGCUCAAAAUCUGUUGAGUCAGCCAUAUUAGGUAAGUACAGCAUUUGGAGGAAAGAAAUUGAGAAUGAAAAUGCUGAUUCUUCUGUUCGGUUUAUGCGGGACCAGAUCAUUAUGGCUAGGGUAUAUCUUAGUAUUGCAAAGAUGAAGAACAAGCUUGAGCUGUACCAAGAGCUGCAAUCUCGGCUCAAAGAGAGUCAACAUGCUUUAAGUGAUGCAAUUUCUGAUUCAGAUCUUCAUCAUAGUACACAUGAACAAAUAAAGACUAUGGGCCAAGUUCUGUCAAAAGCACGAGGACAAUUGUAUGACUGCAAGUUGGUUACUGGGAAAUUGAGAGCAAUGCUACAAACAGCCGAUGAGCAAGUUAGGAGCUUAAAGAAACAAAGCACAUUCCUUAGUCAGUUGGCUGCUAAGACCAUACCAAAUGGAAUUCAUUGCUUAUCUAUGCGCCUCACAAUAGAUUACUACCUUCUUCCUCCUGAAAAGAGGAAGUUCCCUAUGAGUGAUAAUCUGGAGAAUCCCAGUCUUUAUCAUUAUGCACUAUUUUCAGACAAUGUCUUGGCUGCAUCUGUUGUUGUGAACUCAACUGUUACAAAUGCAAAGGAUCCUUCAAAGCAUGUUUUCCACCUUGUUACGGAUAAACUCAAUUUUGGAGCCAUGAACAUGUGGUUUCUUUUGAACCCUCCUGGAAAAGCUACAAUACAUGUUCAAAAUGUUGAUGAUUUUAAGUGGUUGAAUUCAUCAUACUGCCCUGUAUUGCGGCAGCUUGAAUCGGCAAAAAUGAAAGAGUAUUAUUUCAAGGCUGGCCAUGCAACGACAUUUACUUCUAGUGCUUCCAAUAUGAAAUAUAGAAAUCCAAAAUAUCUCUCAAUGCUCAACCAUCUGAGAUUCUAUCUUCCAGAAGUUUAUCCUAAAUUAGAUAAAAUCCUUUUUCUCGAUGAUGACAUCGUUGUUCAAAAGGAUUUAACCGGAUUAUGGGCAGUUGAUCUUCAGGGUAAAGUAAAUGGUGCAGUUGAAACAUGUGGUGAGAGUUUUCACCGAUUUGACAAAUAUCUUAACUUUUCUAAUCCACAUAUUGCAAGAAACUUUGAUCCAAACGCUUGUGGUUGGGCAUAUGGGAUGAAUGUAUUUGAUCUCAAGGAGUGGAAAAAGAAGGAUAUCACUGGUAUAUAUCACAAGUGGCAAAAUAUGAAUGAAGACAGGGUUCUGUGGAAGCUGGGGACAUUACCUCCAGGACUAAUGACAUUCUAUGGGCUGACACAUCCUCUAAAUAAAUCGUGGCAUGUCCUUGGUUUGGGUUAUAGUCCAACUGUAGAUCGAUCGAUGAUAGAGAAUGCAGCAGUUGUACACUACAAUGGUAAUAUGAAGCCGUGGCUAGAGAUUGCCAUGACAAAGUAUCGGCCUUACUGGACAAAAUAUGUCAAACACAGUCAUCCCUAUCUCCAGAACUGUAAGUUAUAA